AUGUCUAAUCUCCCAUAUGCCGCCGAUGCGGAAAGUCCGUUGAAACCCGCUGAGCUGCAGGUCUUACGUGCCCAGUACGAGAAAGAAGGCGACUACGUGGGCAUCCAAACGAAGUUCAACUAUGCUUGGGGUCUUAUUAAGUCAAACACUCGGCCCGACCAACAAGAAGGCGUCCGGCUCCUGUCAGAGAUCUUCCGUGGCGCACCGGAACGACGACGAGAGUGCUUGUACUAUCUCGCACUAGGCAACUACAAGUUGGGCAAUUAUGGCGAAGCUCGUCGGUAUAAUGAUCUUCUGCUGGAGAAGGAACCUGCCAAUCUGCAGGCAGCCAGUCUCGGAUCCCUCAUCGAUGAUAAAGUGGCAAAGGAAGGUCUAAUGGGCAUUGCGAUCGUGGGAGGCUUAGCUGUAGCUGCGGGAGUCGUUGGCAGCCUAGUUUUCAAGGGAGCUAGUAGAAGA